GCUAUUUUAGUGAAAAUAAUUAACAGGAAAUUAACCCAUUGGGAGCCAGUGCGUUUAACAAUUACAUAAACAAAAGCUAUCGGAGGCGGCAACAGGUGGUUUUGGUUCCCUGAGGAAUACACGCGUUCCAAAACGUGCAGGUUUUGUUUACCUUGAUUAGUUUAAAUUGGCUUCAAUUAACCCAAGGAUGAUGCGUAAAGUGCCACUGAUUGUGAUCCUCGGCUCCACGGGCACUGGCAAAACGAAGCUCUCCCUGGAGCUGGCUGAGCGCUUUGGCGGCGAGAUAAUUAGCGCGGAUUCCAUGCAGGUUUACACCCACCUUGACAUCGCCACCGCCAAGGCCACAAGGGAGGAGCAGGCUCGGGCGCGGCAUCACCUGCUGGACGUGACCACUCCGGCGGAACCCUUCACAGUCACCCAUUUUCGCAAUGCCGCCCUGCCUAUCAUUGAACGCUUGUUAGCCCAGGCCAAGCCCCCCAUUGUGGUGGGCGGAACCAAUUACUACAUAGAGUCAUUGCUGUGGGACGUGCUUGUGGACGCUCAAGAGAAGCAGUCGCCAGGUAGUCCCCUGGCAGAGCUUAAAGAAGGCGAGUUAGGUGCCAUGUCCACCGUGGAGUUGCACAAACACCUGGCAAAGAUCGACGCCGGCAGUGCCAACCGCAUUCACCCCAACAACCGGCGCAAGAUCCUGCGAGCCAUCGAAGUCUAUCAGGGUACGGGGCAGACGCUGACCGAAAAGCUGGCAGAGCAGCGUGGGCAGCCCGGCGGUAAUCGCUUGGGCGGGCCCCUGCGCUAUCCCCACACCGUUCUCCUAUGGCUUCGCUGCAAUCAGGAGGUGCUAAAUGCCCGCUUAGAUGCCCGCGUUGACGGAAUGCUGGAGCAGGGACUAAUAAAGGAGCUGCGGCUCUUUCACAACACCCACCAGGGGAUCACGGUCCAGGCCUAUACCUCGGGUGUUCUGCAGACCAUUGGCUACAAGGAGUUUGUGCCCUACCUCAUGAAAUACAACCAGCAGCAGGACGAUAAGAUUGAACAGUAUCUGAGGACGCACAACUAUAAACUUCCGCGUCCAGAAGAACUGAAGGAGGAGGAUAGUCUGCCUGAGGGGUUGCACCUCCUACGCAGCUGCUGCGAUGAGCUGAAGCUGGUCACUCGUCGCUACUCGAAAAAGCAGCUAAAGUGGAUCAACAAUCGCUUUCUGGCUAGCCGAGAUCGCCAAGUGCCGGAUCUCUACGAGCUGGACACCAGUGAUGUCUCUGCCUGGUCCCAGACUGUGUAUCAGCGAGCCGAGUCCAUUAUAGAGAGUUAUCAAAACGGAGACAUCUGUGAGAUUGAGCCCAUGGCCAAGAGGGAGCAUCCCGGAGCAAACCUAGAUGAGGAAACCAGUAACUUUUGUGCCAUCUGUGAGCGGCACUUCGUGGGAGAGUAUCAAUGGAGCUUGCACCUCAAAUCCAACAAGCACAAACGUAGGAAAGAUGGGCAGCGCAAGCGGGAGCAAUUAAGUCAGAGGCAAAGCCAAGGGGAAACGGGUGAGGAGGAGGCUAAGCCAAGACACUGAAACUGAUAAGGUGUUGUAAACCAGAGGAGUCUGCUUGGAAAAAUAAACGAACCUACGUAAAUUUGA